AUGUUCAAUGUUUUGACGAUAAUUUUUCUAUCGCUGGCCUGUGCUUUCCCUCUGGUCAAAAAGGAUGGAAGCAACAAUGGCGGCGAUGGUAAUAGUGGCACUUUGAUGUUAUCAUUAAAACAUGUUAGUGACGAGUUUUAUUCUACAACUCUGGAAAUCGGUAGUCCAGCACAAAAGCUGGACCUCGUAGUGGAUUCAGGUUCCGCAGAUACUUGGGUUAUGGCUUCGACGAAUCCAUUUUGUUCUUCGAACGCUAAGAGCGGCGCUAGCAAGAACUAUACUUAUAACGGUAAGGCCAUAACGGAGACAAUUGAUUGCCAAGGUUUGACCGCUUUAGAUGUGAAUUCAUCAUCACAGUUCCGUGAUUUGAAUGUCGGUAGAUUUUACAUCAAUUACACGGAUGGGAGUUUCGAUGACGGGUAUUGGGCUACCGAUGAAGUGUCAGCCGCCGGUGCUCAUAUUAGUGGGUUACAAUUCGGAGUUGCUCAGUAUGCUUCUGAAGAGAUUCCUGGUAUACUAGGUUUAGGUUUCCCACGCAGAGAGUCUGUUAGGGGCUACCCAGGUGCACCCAACAAGUUCUAUGACAAUUUCCCCCAGAUGUUAAAGAAGGACGGUAUUAUAGAUGUUGUUGCGUAUUCGAUGUACUUGAAUGAUCCCAAUGGCUCAGGUGGUGGUUCGGUUUUAUUUGGUGGUGUAGACCCUUCCAAAUACUCUGGUGAUCUUUACACUUUCCCCAUGGCAAACCAAUAUCCAAAUAUCGUUUCUAAACCUGCAACAUUAGCGGUCACCUUACAAGGGUUUGGAGCUCAAAAGAAAAGUGAAGGUAGACAAGAGACUUUUGACACGAAUAACUAUGCCGUUUUACUCGAUUCUGGUACAAGUCUAAUGGGGGCACCUGAAGAAGUUGUUUCAAAAAUGGCUCAUUUUAUCAAUAAAAAUGCUAGAUUUAGUGAGGAUGAUGGGAUAUACGUUAUGGAUUGCCCACCAAAAGACGAUGAUACGGAAUUUGUGUUUGAUUUCGGUGAUUUACAGAUUGCUGUGCCCGUCUCAACUUUAAUUUUACCACCAUCGGGUGAAUCUUACUGUGGAUUGGGAGUGUUACCCAAGGAUGGUACAUGGACUUUAGGCGAUGUGUUUCUAUCUUAUGCGUAUCUGGUAUUCGACCUUGAUAACUACAAAGUAUCGAUGGCGAAGGCUAAGUUUAGUGGUGAUGGUGAUCAAUCCCCACAGAUUAAGAUUCAAACUGAUGGUACCAUACCUGGAGCUAAAAGCGCCAGUGCUAAACCAUGGAGUUCAAGCGAGCCUUCAACGGUAAGUGGUAGUAUUUUUACAAAAAGUUCAAACGUUUCGUUACCACAUUCAUCUAAUUAUACUUUUUGCUCAGACUCAACAGCCACUGGUAUAUUGAAAGCUACCAAGGGUACCAACUCUUCUCAGUCUAUUUCUUCAACAAGUUCGAAUUUUUCUAUUGGUUCAUCGAGUAGGAAUUCAAUCUAUACGCAGACUUUGACGAAAUCUGCUCAUGCUACUACGAUGGUGACCAGCAUUGCAUGUAAUACACAUUAG